ACUGUAGCCGAGCCUCUUUCAGUUUCUCCUGUAAAGGAAGUGUUUUUCUGUUUAUAACGGCAAGUUGCAGAAUAUUUUGUCUGUGUAAUAGUACUGCUUGAUUUAUGACAUAUAGCAUGUUCUUUUAGAAAUUAGAGGAUUCUCCUAACCUUCUACUAUCAAAUGUGUAGUUUAUAUACUUUGAGCAAGAACCUAAGAAAAUAUGGCUGCAGCAGCAACAGAAGCAGAUCAUGUAAAGAUUGUAUUGCUGGGUGGACGUUGGGGAGGAAAAAGUUCCUCUGGAAACACCAUCCUGAAUAAAGAGGUGUUUGGAAUCGGUGAACAAACAGAAGUCUCCGUGAUAGAGACGAACAAAAUUGCGGGCAUGCAAGUCAGCGUGGUUGACACGCCAAGUUGGAACUGGGUUUCUGCCGAAGCUUCUUCAGAUGAACUUAAGCAGGAACUGAAGCGCAGUGUUGAGAUGCUUGGUGAAGGGCCCCAUGCCUUUUUACUGGUUUAUCCAUUAGGGGCUGCAUUUUUGAAGAGACAUAAAAUUUCUUUUGAAGAGCACUUGGAACUUUUGGGUGCUGAUGUCUGGGACCACACCAUGGUCUUGUUCUCUCGGGGGGAUUGGCUAGAGGAAGUCACUAUUGAGCAGCAUAUUCAGGAUGCAAAAGGAGAAUUGAAGUGGUUGCUGGAUCAGUGUAAGAAUAGGUAUCAUGUUCUUAAUAAUAAGGUGAAGACAGAUGAGAUGCAAGUUAUUGAACUCCUGGAGAAGAUCCAAAGGAUGAUUCGAGGAAAACGAAAGAGGAGCAUGGAAGAACCAAUUGAGAUGGCUGGAGCUGAAUUGGGAGAAACAUCAGGCACUCAGAAGAAACUUAAAUGAACCUAGCAAGAUGCAACUGGUGAUUUUGAAAAUUGUGUUAUAGU